AUGUUUAUCCUAUGUAAAAAUAUAGCAAUGAAAGCUCCCGAUUGCAGAUCACCGGACUCUAAUGGAGAUUUCAAUGAGAAAUUACUGAUUGACAGUAUUCGUCUGCUGGAAAAUUCUCUUACCGAUCAAAUUCUGCGGAUGCUGAAGUUGUGCGUUCGAGGCUUAGGAGAGCUGUCAGAGUGCUCAUCACAGGCUAUCUCUGAGCGAUUUGCGAGCAUUGCAGUUGAAGCUGCAAUGGGAGGCCUCGAUGACAUUGGAGAUAAAAACGACUUGGUAGCAAUGGAGUCAAUAGUCGCACUGAAUAAACUUGUAUCACGAACCAAUUAUGCACAACUACAUUCAAUUCCUCGUCAGGUUCUUUUGAAGAUUCGUCUUUGCUUCGAAAAAGAGUCAGCCGCAUUACGAGCAGCAUCGUUUAGUCUUUUUGGCGAACUGGCGGCACGGAAUGGUGGAGAAAAUGAAGAGUUUACGCCACAUCUUCAUGCGAAUAUCGUCGCUCUUCUUCUGCAUCUUAACGAUGAAGACGAAGAAGUGCGAAAAGCAUGUAGUAGAACGCUGAACCAAGUGCACCCGUUACUCAAUGUAGGAACGUUUUCGUCGCUUAUUCAAAGAGAAAUGAAGGAUGGCAGAUUACCAGCCAGUUAUGCGGCCGUGCAAAGGGAUCUCGCUAGUAUUUUGGCUUUAUCCUUUCCUGAUCGAGUGAAUCAAUACGCGUUAACAUGCAGUAACUACUUCAAAAGCUCGUAGGGCGAAUGCAGCGCUUCUGACCGGUCAUAUGCUGGGCGUUUUGACUCCACAACUUCGUGCCAUUAUCAGCAAAGAUCUUGUAUUUUCUAGUCUCGUUUUGCUUCUGAGGGAUCCAGAAGAUGUGAGUGUGCGAAUCGCUGCAGCUAA